AUGACGUUCAUCGCCAAGACGUUCUACGACCUGAGGGCCACCACGCUGGAGGGAGACUCGGUGGAUUUCAACGUGUUCAGGGGACGGGUGGUGCUCAUCGAGAAUGUGGCCUCGCUCUGAGGCACCACCGCCCGGGACUUCAGCGAGCUCAACCAGCUUCAGAGCAAGUACCCCCAUCGGCUGGUGGUCCUGGGCUUUCCUUGUAAUCAGUUUGGAUAUCAGGAGAACUGCUCCAAUGGCGAGAUCCUGAAUUCCUUGCAGCAUGUGCGUCCAGGUGGAGGCUUUCAGCCUAACUUCACCAUGUUUGAGAAGUGUGCCGUCAACGGAACAAACACACAUCCGGUCUUUGCCUAUCUUAAAGACAAGCUACCCUAUCCCGAUGACGACCCCAACUCCCUAAUGCAGGACCCCAAAUUUCUGAUUUGGAGUCCCAUCAACAGGAACGACGUCUCUUGGAACUUUGAGAAAUUCCUCAUCGGGCCAGAGGGAGAGCCCUUUAAAAGAUACAGCAGAAAGUUCCCCACCAUCGACAUCGAGCCUGACAUUCAAAGACUGUUAAGACUAACCAAGACCUAA